GCUUCUUUGCAUCUCUCGUCCUUGUUACGUGGACUUCAAAUAUCUUCUUGGGUUUUGGUCAUUUCCCCUGUCUCUCUCAGCUUCUCAAGACUCCUAUACUCUGCAUUCAAGUCUCUCAUGGACUCAUGAAUCGUGGUCUUCCACUCAUCUUUCGGCAGCCUUGUUGGGACUUAGCUUUCAUCAGGGAGAAGGUGGCUGCUUGGUGCUCCACUCAGUUCCCAUGCUAGAUUUCUCUUUUCAAGUAAGAAUCCAUGAUUCAAUUGGCUGCAAAUUCUCCAGCAGCAGCAGUUAGCAAAUUCAUUUGGGAUAUGUGAGGACAGCUGCACUGUUGAUCUGAAAUGAAAGCAAUAGUGCUUGUUUUGGUAUUCUUUGCCUUCUGUGGACUGUUUCCAAAUGGCUAUGGUAGGAAUGUUACUUCGAGACCUGCUGUUGUGAAUAUUGGAGCCAUUUUUUCAUUUGAUUCUACCAUUGGAAAAGUUGCCAAAAUUGCCAUCGCGGAAGCUGUCAAAGAUGUAAAUGCAAAUUCGAGCAUUCUGCAUGGAACCAAACUUGUUGUGACAAUGCACAGCUCCAACUGCAGUGGGUUUACUGGCAUGGCUGAAGCUUUGCGAUUCAUGGAGAUUGAUACCGUUGCUAUUAUCGGUCCACAAUCUUCUGUAGUUGCUCAUAUUAUAUCCCAUGUUGUAAAUGAACUCCGAGUUCCUCUGUUGUCUUUUGCUGCAACGGAUCCCACUCUUAACUCACUCCAAUUCCCCUUUUUUGUUAGGACAACACAAAGUGAUCUAUACCAAAUGGCUGCAAUAGCUGAACUAGUUGAUUAUUAUGGUUGGAAGCAGGUAACUGCCAUUUUUAUUGAUGAUGAUUAUGGACGUAAUGGCAUAGCAGCUCUAAGUGAUAAACUUGCUGAGAGGAGGUGUAAAAUCUCUUACAAAGUGGGGAUUCCACCAGACACUGAUUUUAGUCAGGGAGACAUCAUGGAUAUUCUCGUUAAGGUUGCAUUAAUGGAAUCUCGGGUUGUUGUCCUUCAUGUGAAUCCCAAUUUAGGUUUUAGAACCUUUUCUGUGGCAAAAUAUCUUGGGAUGAUGGGUAAUGGAUAUGUAUGGAUUGCCACAGAUUGGCUCUCAUCUUAUUUAGAUUCUUUUUCUCCUCUAUCUUCCGAGACCAUGAACACGAUGCAAGGAGUUCUUACUUUACGUCAUUACACACCAGACUCAGAUAGGAAGAAAUCCUUUUUCUCUAGGUGGAGCAAGAUGACUGGUGGUUCUCUGGGGCUGAAUGCUUAUGGGCUUUAUGCUUAUGAUUCUGUCUGGCUGGUUGCUCAUGCUAUUGACGCAUUCUUAGACCAGGGUGGGGUUAUCUCUUUUUCUAAGGAUCCCAGGUUGAUUUCUGCAGAAGGUGGUGAACUUCAUCUUGAUGCAAUGAACAUUUUUGAUAGUGGAACAUUCCUGCUGAAGAACAUAUUGAAGAGCGAUCUUAUUGGUUUAACAGGUCCCCUAAAGUUUGAUUCAGACAGAUCUCUGAUUCUUCCUGCUUAUGAUAUUAUUAAUGUGAUAGGAACUGGGUAUAGACGGAUUGGUUACUGGUCCAAUUAUUCUGGUUUAUCAACUGUUCCCCCUGAGACACUCUAUAUGAGACCACCAAAUCGUUCCAGUGCAAACCAGCAUUUGUACAGCGUUAUUUGGCCUGGAGACACGGUAUUAAAGCCCCGUGGAUGGGUUUUUCCCAACAAUGGGAAGCAGUUGAGAGUUGGUGUGCCUAUUCGGGUUAGUUUCAAGGAAUUUGUAACCCGUGUCCCAGGGACCGACAUGUUCAAAGGUUUUUGUGUAGAUGUGUUUACAGCUGCUGUAAGUUUAUUACCAUAUGCUGUCCCAUAUCAAUUUAUCCCCUUUGGAAAUGGUAAAGAAAACCCCAGCUACACAGAACUCGUGAAUUUGAUCACAACGGGUUUCUUUGAUGCUGCCAUUGGUGAUAUUGCCAUAGUCACAAAUCGAACCAAAAUUGUGGAUUUUACGCAGCCAUAUGUAGCAUCAGGAUUGGUUGUUGUGGCCCCAUUUAGGAAAUUGAAGUCAGGGUCCUGGUCUUUCCUCAGGCCAUUUAGUCCACUUAUGUGGACUGUUACUGGCUGUUUCUUCAUUGUUAUUGGCACAGUUGUCUGGAUUCUGGAGCAUAGGAUUAAUGAUGAGUUCAGGGGUCCACCUAAAAGACAAAUCAUAACUGUUUUGUGGUUCAGUCUCUCAACCCUUUUUUUCUCGCAUAGAGAAAACACUUUGAGCACCCUGGGUCGCUUUGUGCUACUCAUAUGGCUCUUUGUGGUUUUAAUAAUCAACUCAAGCUACACUGCAAGUUUGACAUCAAUACUCACAGUGCAGCAGUUAUUUUCUCCUAUCAGUGGGAUUGAAAGCUUGAAGGAAGGUGAUGAGCCGAUAGGAUACCAAGUGGGUUCUUUUGUUGAACAUUAUUUGAGCGAAGAACUUGGAAUAUCAAAAUCAAGGCUUGUUGCCCUAGGAUCACCUGAAGCAUAUGCUAAGGCACUCAAAAUUGGUCCUAAAAAGAAGGGUGGUGUUGCUGCUGUGGUUGACGAACUUGCUUAUGUUGAACACUUCCUAUCAUCACAGUGCACAUACAGGAUUGUAGGUCAAGAAUUUACAAAAAGUGGCUGGGGCUUUGCAUUUCCACGGGACUCUCCAUUAGCUGUUGAUAUGUCGACUGCAAUUCUAGCGUUAUCGGAAAGUGGUGAUCUUCAAAGGAUCCAUGACAAGUGGCUGAUGCAUAGCAGUUGCAGUUCAGACACAACUGAACUUGAAUCAAAUAGACUCGAGUUGAAGAGCUUCUGGGGCCUGUUUCUCAUUUGCGGGCUAGCUUGCUUCUUGGCUCUUUGCAUAUACUUUUUGCAGAUUAUACGCCAAUUAAAUCGUGACGACCCUACUGAAUGCACUUCCCCUGUUCAAGGUAGCUCGCACUCCGGGCGUAUUCACAGGCUCUUGUCAUUAAUGGAUGAGAAGAAAGACAUGUCAAGGCAGAAGAAUAAGAGAAAGGUGGAAAGAUCAUUCUCUGAGAGUGAUAAAGAUGCAGAGUUGGGAAGGAAUACCAAGAGGAAAGGAAUGGAAAUCAACUCCAGCAGUUAAUUUUGCUUGUUUAUUUAACGAUUACACAUUGAUAAAAAGAGGUCCAUAUAUUGAAGCCUUCUAAUUGUUUAUAUGAGCAAAAUCAUGUAAUUGUUUAGGGAUUUUAGCAUACAAAAUAUUUACUAUAUUCUCAUGAGAGAAUCUUGGCUUGAAGCUUUUCUCAUGUCAAGAAAUGUAAAGUUUUUUUGUUCUUUUCA